UGGCUGAGACUCCUGUGGCGUCCCGUUUUCACUUUCGCCCGAGAUCUCCGCGUAUAACUGGUCCUCAGCAGUCUUGAGGUUCGAGCCAAUUUGUCUCAAGGAUUGGAUCGCGGUAGCUCAAGCAAGUUUUGUGGUGCCAUCAGUUUUGGAUACGGCAGCGAACGCACGAUGGAGGUGCUGGCCGAGGAGAGGUCAAUCCCCACGCCUCCGUGCAGCCCUGACUCGAGGUUAGCCGCGAGGUUACUGGCCAGCACCUCAGCAGGUGUUGAUGCCUCUCGCAAGUUCCAUGCGGGAGAUGUGUUAAGCCUUAUCCUUGGGCCAUUACUACUUGUACCUUUCGCGGUUGCUUUUGUUGGAGUCAUUGUGUCCUCAAAUGCGAGCCUCCAGGCGGACUUCCCUCUGUUACUUUCCACUGUGAUGAUGAGCCAGACGGUGGGUACGUUCUGUUAUUGGGCUUUCUCGCAAACUCGGACAUGCACAAACAUCGACUUGCUGACAGCAGCAUUUCUUGCGAAGUUAUGCAUUCUUCUUCGCCCAUUCGUGUCUGAGAGAGAUCUGUUUGUCCAUCUUUGUAUAGGCCAGGGGGCAUUUUCUGUGCUCGUAGGUCUUUGCUUAUGUCUUCUGGCGCGUGUUGAUGGUAUGUGGUACCUGCGCUUCUUACCGUACACUGUGUCCAGUGGGUUCGUGACAGGGAUUGGGCUUUUGAUUAUGGAUGGUGGUUUCGAGCUAGGCUCUGGCCAUGGUAUGAAGGAGCUUGUAACUGGAGUAGGGAGCAUCCCUCUUCUGACUUAUUUGCAUGCCUCGGCAACAGUCCUUGCAGGUGGAGUGAUCUUAUCGAUCACGCAUGUCAUACACAACGGCUUGAGGCUCCCUGUCGGCCUUGGGGUCGUGACACUACUUGUACAUGGGAUUGCAGCGUUGUUGGGUAUUGACAGUUCUGUUCUAGCGUCAAAUGGUUUCUUCAUCGAGGGACUCACAGCCGACCCGUGGACAGCGAGCUGGGGAGAAUUAGCCGCUCGUUUUCAUUAUUUGCAACCCUCUGCAUUCUUGAACACGCCAGUGCUUUCACUCACUGUCUCCUAUGCCGUGAUGCAUGUUAUCUGCUGGCCUUUUUAUGCGUCUGCUCUCGCGGAGGUUGAUAUGAGCUGGGUUGGCAAGACAAUGUCAAUAAGGACGGAGAUAAUGGUUAUGGGAGCGACUAAUGUGCUCGUCGGCUUUCUGGGUGCCGUGCCAUGUUGCCACUCUAUCAAGGUUUUGGUUGUGAUGCAAGAUGCCGGUGGCACGUCCAAGCUCUGGAGCCUACUUCUUGGUGUUUCAUUCGCGUUGCUUUACUUUUUGUCUGACCUUCGUGUGCAAUUGUCUGCGAUCCCGCGGUGCGCAUUUGGUGGCCUUGUCUCUUCGCUUGGCUUUGAAUUUAUUAGGUCUUCCCUUGCAGAGUCUCGUGCGCGCAUCGCCCCCGCAGAGUUGCGUUUUGUCUUGAUUACAGCGGUGGUGACUUAUUUCGAUGUGUUGACAGGUCUCUGCUUUGGCUUGAGCGCAGUUGCUGUUUUUUUCAUCGUUGAGUACGCUGGCAUGACUGGCAUCACUCGGCAAGCUAGUUUGGACGAGGUCCGCUCGAACAUGGACAGACCGAAUGACGAGAUGUCUUUGCUUGAUCGCUUUGGGGAUCGGGUGACCGUGUUCUGGCUCACUGGGUAUAUUUUUUUUGGGUGUGCCGUUGGUGUCGUAGAGGAAGUAGAAGCGUUCAUCGAACAGAAACAAACGGUCCGAUACAUUGUCAUUGAUUUCGAACACGUGCCUGCAGUCGAUGCGUCCGGUGUUCACUACCUCACUAAUUUUGCGUCGCAGUGCAUGAGUCGAGAUGUGCCGAUCAGGGUCUGCUUCUCUGGUAUGGUGAGACGCUUACGUCUGGCAGUCGAAAGUGCAGUGAAGUCUAAAUGCGUUCAUGGUUUGAAGUUGGACGCUCACUUGGCCGAGGAAGCAAUUUCGUGGGCAGAGGAGGAAUUGAUAGCAGCGUACAGUGUAGCGAGCAUCACUAGAAGGACAUCUACUGUAGUACCGACUGAUCCCUUGCCAGAAACAUCUCCUUACAGGGCGUUGGAAUCAUUUUUCGCAGUCAUGGUGCCAAAUAGGCUUGGUCCAGACUUUGCCGCCGUGGUGUCACGAUUGGUACCAGCUGUCGCUAUACACAAAGUUAUGAUAGGCGAGCAGUUGUUUGUGGAAGGUUCCGCAGCACUGGAGCUCAUCUUCGUUUUGCAUGGGAAAGUGGUGCUCAUGAGGAGCCAGAGAGCAGACGAGGGUUGCAAGCUUCCGACACAUCAUUUGAACAAGGAGAAAGGCGAUGUGUUUGUUUUUGAGGAGCGCUCACCAGUACUUGUGCAGCACCUUUCAUCUAAGGCAGUGAUUGGUGCAGCAGAGUACGGCCUCGGAAAAGGCAAAGCCGUUUGGAGCACUUCGUGCACUGCUUCGUGUAAUUGCCAGGUCUUGACAAUACCUUUUGCUAACCUGUCAGUCGCCCUCGAAGAAACGCCGUCAGCUGGGUUCGCUGUUGUCAGCCGGUUGGCGCAGCUGACGUCGGCGCAUUUAGUACGAUUAAUGAGGAAGUCCGAGCCUGUGCCAUUUUCCCAUGCCUGAGGUCGAGUGGCCCGUUUUUCUAUGGCUGGCCCUUCAGCCAGUGCCCAAUAGUCUUGAUUCGGCGUUGGACCUGCCGUGUUGGAAGAGUAGGCGGCGGCUCCCUGGAGAGGAGAGGGGUGG